GUGGGUUAGAUCGGUCGGACCACUAUUAUGGGUGAAGAGCAUAUUGUUGGUGAUCAAGACAGAGGCAGUAGAAAACGAAAAUGGGGUGCAACAUCACAGCAGCGGCAGAAAGAAAUACGAUACGAUAACCCUGAUCCCAACCUUGAUGGUUUCGAAGUCUCCUGUAAGCAUGGCAGAAAUAAAAAAGUUUCAUGUAAGGAUAUUCCUUUCGAAGAUCUAAGGCGCUGCCGACAAAAGUUUUAUUCACAAAAAGACAAGGUUCAGCAAGAUACGAAACUGUCUCAUUUAAUUGAAAUUGGAACUCCUAGGAGAAAGAAACGUUCAGAGUUCAGACCAAAGCUUUACUAG